AUGGUCGGCUCCAUCCACGAACGCAUCCGCGAAGACCUUAUCGGCAAGGAGCGUCGUCUCUGGACGGCGCUCACCUCUGCUGACCCGGGGCCCGAAAUCAAGAAGAUGUGUAACGAAGAAGCCAACCUACUUUUCCCGCAGCGCGAGGUUCUGCACCUGCAUUCGAAGCCGUCAAUUAGCGAGGCGCUGAAGCCACCCUUCCAUCACUUCGACGAGUACGAACUGCAGGAGGUGCGCGUGAUCGUCAUCGACCUGAUGGCCGGGUCAGUAACAUACAAAAUCAAUGCGCGCCGCGGAGAAGAGACAUACCGGGGCACCGGGUCGACGACAUGGAGCCAGGGGAGUGAUGGAGAGUGGCGGAUUGUGGUGCAUCAGGAGACAUUAAUGUGA